ACCAUAAAAUACGUUUCGGCCGCGAAGAUAAAGUUGUUAUAAUUGUGAAACCCAAGCGAACCCACGCGCUGCUCUGGCCACGCCCUCUCUUUCCAUCUUAGCCAAUAGCAGCGUCCGUUUCCUACCAUAUGACUCCUUUGUGAUGUGGGCGUGGCUUAAAAUUGUCAACAUCCUGGUGACAUAACUGGUGACUCCAAAAUGGCGACGGUGGACCAGAGGGAAGCAGGACAGGAUGACCCAGACAGCGAAGACGAGGUGUAUGAGGUGGUGGACCUCACAGAAUAUGCCCGGAGGCACCAGUGGUGGAGCCGGGUGUUCGGGAACAACUCCGGGCCGAUUGCUGAGAAGUAUUCUGUGGCUACCCAGAUCAUGAUGGGAGGGGUGACAGGCUGGUGUGCCGGCUAUGUUUUCCAAAGAGUCGGGAAAAUUGCAGCUACUGCCAUCGGUGGAGGAUUUCUUCUUUUGCAGAUUGCCAAUCACAGUGGUUACGUUCAGGUGGACUGGAAAAAGGUGGAGAAGGACGUAAACAAAGCAAAGAAGCACCUGAAGAAGAAAGCGAACAAAGCAGCCCCUGAAAUACACACAUUCAUUGAGGAGGUAAAGGCCACAGAUUUCAUUAAGAGGAACAUCGUGCUGACCAGCGGAUUCGUUGGCGGCUUCUUUUUGGGACUCGCCUCCUAAAGCUGCUGCUCCUGCUGUACCUCCCAUCUACUGUGAAUCUCAUCACUACAUCCCUCACCAUCGUUUACCUCUUUACCCCACGUGUCUCCUGAUUUAUCUCAUCAUGAAGAGAGAGAAAGGAGUUUAUGUUAAAUGUGUUGUAAGCAUGGCCUGUUGUAACAGUGGCUUUCAUGCUUUUUUUUGCAAGGUAGGUUCUGAAAUCCCCCGAUUAAGGUACCGUUGUAAAUAUUUAGGUCAAUUUACCUGAGAAAUGUAAAUAUUUCAUAUAGGAUUGAAGGAUCAGGAAUAUGUUGCCAAACUCCGAAAUAAUCCUGAGAUUUACCUUUUUUUAUGUGUGAUGAGUCUGGAACCCCAAACACUGUUUAGGAAGGUAAGUUUUCUUAUGGAGAAGCGGUUGGCAACGGAGAGCAUGAU